AUGCCCGUCGUCAAUAUUCCUGCUUUUUCUGGAGCCAAUGAUAUGCCCGUGGGCGUUUUACUGGUAGGCCCGAGGUUCCGAGAUCAACAACUUCUUACGACGAGCUUGGCCCUCGCUAGAGUCUUUGGAGCCCGGGCACCGAGGCAGCUGUCAGAUCCCAGUUGA